AUGCAAGAAAGACAAGCAGCUAUUCAUCAACAACAACAACAACAAAAUGAUUCUUCAAUUAAUCUUUUGGUUAAUUCACAACAAAAACAGAAUUUACAACAACAAACAGAUAUUGGACAAUCUUUAAUUUCUUCUUCAAUUAAUUUAACUCAAAUGGCCGUCCCUACACUUUCUGGAUCUUUACAAAAUAAUUCUGGAGGAAACAUUUCCGGUUCCUCUAUUAAUUUUGGAGCUAGAGGAGUUGUUAGUAAUAAUAGUCAACAACAACAACAUCCAAAUUCUAUGAGGACUUUGUAUGUUUAUUCUUGUCUGAUAAAUAUUUUGUUAUUUUUAACACAUACACAAAUCUUGCUAAUUUUUAUCUUUAUUCAUUGAGGAUCUUCCUUUCCUACCUAAAUAAAUUAACAAGAAAAAUUUCUUUAAAAAUAUUUUUUCUUUUUAUUAAUCUAAAAAUAUUUUCUAUAAACAGGUUUUGUCGAAAAUGUGAAGGUCACGGUCUUCAAAUAGCACUUAAAGGCCAUGCAAGUUCUUGCCCUUAUAAUAGUUGUACUUGCAAAACGUGUCAAAAUGUUAUGAGCCUUAGAGCUAAUGCCAUAAUUAGGAGAUAUCGAACACGUACUUCUGAAUGCGGGUUGGUACUGAAACCGGUACAUUUCAAGAAUGGCAACACUCGAUUAAGGGUCUUUCCGAAGUUUAUUAGUGGUGAGUUUUUAAAUGAGGCGAUUUUAAUUCGGAGA